CUAAAAAAUCAUGACCUCUCAUCAUAAGUUGAGUAAAUCUCCCCGCGCAGAAUCCCUUCCCUCCUACGAAGAUACAGAGUUACACAUUCCUUCUAUUUUCUCAGUCAUUCAUUUACGUUUGGAUUUGUGUUUUCAUGGGAAAAAAAAAAAAAACGUUUAUUCCUAUUAAAUUCUGAAUUCUCAGAUUCUUUGCUUACCUUUAAACCUCUCCAAACUCGCCACCGCCGAUUUGUUCCGCCGAUUGCGUACAAGUUUUGUCGGGUGGUUUGAGCAGGAAGAGCAUGAAUGCGAGCGAAAUUUUGAGGGAUUUCGGCGGUUUGAUUCUGUGAAUUUCUUUAGGUUAGGUUUCUUCAAUUUUUAUUUAUUGAAUUCGUACAAGAUGGAGAAGUACAAGUUGGUGAAGGACAUAGGAUCGGGAAAUUUUGGGGUGGCGAGGCUGAUGCGAAACAGAGAAACCAAAGAACUCGUCGCCAUGAAGUACAUUGAGCGCGGCCAUAAGGUGGUUUUGACUCCUACUCAUCUGGCCAUUGUGAUGGAGUAUGCUGCAGCAGGCGAGCUGUUUCAGCGAAUUUGUAAUGCUGGGAGAUUCAGUGAAGAUGAGGCAAGAUAUUUUUUCCAGCAGCUUAUUUCAGGCGUUAGCUACUGUCACAGUAUGCAAAUAUGCCAUAGAGAUUUGAAGUUAGAGAAUACCCUCUUGGAUGGAAGCCCAGCCCCACGUCUGAAAAUAUGUGAUUUUGGAUAUUCAAAGUCAUCUCUACUGCAUUCAAGACCCAAGUCAACAGUUGGAACUCCAGCCUACAUUGCGCCUGAGGUCCUUUCUAGGAGAGAAUACGAUGGCAAGUUGGCAGAUGUAUGGUCAUGUGGAGUGACUCUUUAUGUAAUGUUGGUGGGAGCAUAUCCAUUUGAAGAGCAAGAGGACCCAAAGAAUUUCAGGAAAACUAUUCAUAGAAUAUUGGCUGUUCAGUACAAAAUCCCAGACCAUGUUCACAUAUCUCAAGAUUGCAGACAUCUCCUUUCACGCAUAUUUGUAGCCAACCCUGCCAGGAGAAUCACCGUCAAAGAAAUCAGGAGCCAUCCAUGGUUUUUGAAAAACUUGCCAAGGGAACUGACUGAGGCAGCUCAAGCUAUUUACUACAGGAAAGACAACCCAACUUUUUCUGUCCAAAGCAAUGAAGAAAUCUUGAAAAUAGUUGAAGAGGCUAAAGUUCCUGCCCCAGUAUCUCACUCUAUCGGAGGCUUUGAUUGGGGAGGAGGAGAAGAUGGAGAUGCCAAGGAAGAAGAGGUAGAGGAGGAAGAAGAUGAGAAUGAGAAGAGAGUUAAGGAGGCUCAUGCUAGUGGAGAAAUUAAGCUCACUUGAUUAAUACAUUCUUGAUUCUUUCCAAAUAAUGAAGAUCUGGAGUUUGUUUCAGUGCUUGUAUAAAGUCGGUUUCUAUCUAGGCGGUUGUGUUGAAUAAGUAUUUGUAAAUUUG